UUAUAAAUUCCCGUGCACGAGCAGACUUCCUCUGCACAAUCUGUAAAAAGCAUCUCCGGGGGGACGUGAAUUGACGGUUCUGCACAUAGCAGUUGCCCAGCAGCUCCACUCCGUCCGCCUUGCAAAUCAGAGCGAGUCAGCUCGCCACCUUCCACGGGCAAAACCGUCAUUUCGCCCCGCCACCUCUCCUAUUUACCUCGUUUAAACUCUGCAGCGAAGCCCUUGGCGGCAAUGCUAACAGUUGACCCCAACCUCCCUCGCUCGGAGAUUUGAUCACCUCGAUCCAUUUCUUCAUAUGGGUGUUGUCGGAAUCUCCAUAUUAGUUAAUGGGGGUGACCGUAUAUAAAAUUCGGCCGGCUCCGGUUUCUUCUUGAUCCGGCAUCUUCCUCGUACUCUGCGAUUCACUGGGAUUGAGCUCCGGCGCCGAGCUCGACGUAGUGAUUGAUCCAAUAAAAGGUUCUUGGAGUAAUGUUUUCCUCUCAGAAGUGGAAGUGCUCGUGGUCUUUAGUGGCAACUUCUGUUUCUGUCGUCGGUUUGAUUUCAGUACUGCAUCUGUUCCUGUUCCCUGCCGUGCCCGCUUUCGAUUACUUUGGCUAUGGAUCGAAUGGGGGAGCGACAACUAAUCCUGGGGAACUAAAAUCACUGUCUGAUUUGGAUACCCGAUUUCCAGCAGACUCGAGUAAUGCCGUGGUUUAUCGUGGUGCACCGUGGAAAGCUCAGAUUGGGCGCUGGCUUUCUGGGUGUGAUUCGAUUACUGAGGAAAUCAAAGUUACCGAGGUUAUAGGUGGCCUGAGCUGCAACGAUAACUGUAGUGAUCAAGGUGUCUGUAACCAUGAAUUGGGCCAAUGCCGGUGCUUUCACGGAUUCACUGGGGAAGGAUGCUCCGAGAGACAGCAACUAGAUUGCAACCACCCGGCAACGCCAGAGCUGCCAUAUGGAAGAUGGGUUGUCUCCAUUUGCCCCGCACACUGUGAUACCACGAGAGCAAUGUGCUUCUGUGGAGAAGGCACAAAGUACCCAAACCGCCCAGUGGCUGAGCAAUGUGGAUUUCAAAUUAACCCUCCUUCUGUGCCAGAUGGUCCGAGAUGGACUGAUUGGGCGAAACAUGACUUUGACAAUAUAUUCACGACAAAUACUAGCAAAACAGGAUGGUGCAAUGUGGACCCUGCUGAUGCAUAUGCUUCCAAGCUGAAAUUCAAAGAGCAGUGUGAUUGCAAGUAUGAUGGUCUCUGGGGACGCUUUUGUGAAGUGCCUGUGUCAUGCACUUGCAUCAACCAAUGCUCCGGGCAUGGUCACUGCCGGGGUGGAUUUUGUCAGUGUGAUCGUGGAUGGUAUGGAACAGACUGCAGUAGUCCUUCAGUUUUGUCGACGUUGAGAGAAUGGCCACGGUGGCUAAGCCCUGCUGCCAUUGAAGUCCCACCUAAUCCGCAACUCCUGGGGACUCUUGUCAAUCUCAAUGCUUCUGUGAGAAAGAAAAGGCCACUUAUAUAUGUCUAUGACUUGCCUCCAGAAUUCAAUAGUCUGCUUCUAGAGGGACGGCACUUCAAGUUAGCGUGCGUUAACAGAAUCUAUGAUGAUAGAAAUGCGACGAUAUGGACAGAUAUGUUGUACGGUUCCCAGAUAGCUCUCUACGAAAGCAUUUUGGCAAGUCCACACCGCACAUUAAAUGGUGAUGAAGCAGACUUUUUCUAUGUACCUGUUCUUGAUUCGUGCAUUAUCGCCCGAGCUGAUGAUGCACCACAUUUGAGUUUGCAGGAUCAUAAGGGAUUAAGGAGCUCUCUCACCUUAGACUUCUAUAAGAGGGCGUAUGAUCACAUAGCUGAACAAUAUCCUUACUGGAACUGCUCUUCAGGAAGGGACCAUAUUUGGUUCUUUUCCUGGGAUGAAGGAGCUUGCUAUGCUCCCAAGGAGAUAUGGAACAGCAUGAUGUUGGUUCAAUGGGGUAACACAAAUACGAAGCACAAGGGUUCCACAACAGCUUAUUGGGGAGAUAACUGGAACGAUAUUUCUGCUGAGAGAAGAGGAAAUCACCCUUGCUUUGAUCCUGAUAAAGAUCUUGUGCUUCCUGCUUGGAAAUACCCCGAUGCAAAUGCUCUCAGUCAAGAAUUUUGGGCGAGGCCAUAUGAGAAGCGGAAAACAUUUUUUUACUUCAAUGGUAAUCUGGGACCAGCUUAUGAAUGGGGAAGGCCGCAAGACACCUAUAGCAUGGGUAUCAGACAGAAAGUGGCAGAAGAAUUUGGAUCAAGCCCUAACAAGCAGGGCAAGCUCGGGAAACAGCAUGAGGAAGAUGUGGUUGUGACCCCUCUACGUGCUGGAAAUUAUCACGAGGAUUUAGCCAGUUCCCUGUUCUGUGGGGUGUUUCCUGGAGAUGGUUGGAGUGGUCGAAUGGAAGAUAGUAUAUUACAAGGAUGCAUUCCUGUAGUCAUUCAGGAUGGAAUAUACUUGCCAUAUGAGAACGUGCUCAACUAUGAAAGUUUUGCCGUGCGGAUUCAAGAAGAUGAAAUUCCGAACAUGAUCAAGAUUCUCCGGGGUUUAAAUGAGACGGAAGUCAGGUUCAAGCUGGCAAAUGUACAGAGGAUCUGGCAGAGGUUUCUCUAUCGUGAUUCAGUUUUGCUAGAGGCUGAGAGGCAGAAGACUGUUCGUGACUCUGUUGCAGACUGGGCAACGGCGAUAUUGCAACUUAGCGAAGAUGAUGUCUUUGCAACUUUUCUUCAGGUUUUAAACUACAAGUUGCAUAAUGAUCCUUGGAGGCAACAGCUUGUCCAUCGGAAAAAAGAUUAUGGCUUGCCGAGGGAGUGCUUGAUCAGAACCGGCUAAUACAUUGCACAGCUUGGAACUUUAACUUAAGCAGAUCCUGCAGCAGAAUCAAUCUGCAAUAUCGACUUGGAUAUAUUCCAUGAGGAUAGAGCAUGCAGUGAUCUGAUGAGUUGGGCAAAGUAGUUUCAAUCCCUGAUACACGGGAAUGAAUAGCAAGCUGGUGAGAUGAAACAAAACAUGGCUCCCGUUCCUCCGUGAAGGGUAUACAUGCUCAGUUUGAUGGCUCACACAGAUUACACGGAUAUAUCUAUUUGUGUUUAUUCGUUCUUUAGUGGUCAGUCCUCUCAAUAAUAGCUCGAAACGAGAUUCACCGCUGUGCAUAAUGUAAAUGUACAGGAUGGAUAUUAAUUUCAAUACCAUUACAUGGUUUUAUUUUCUGUCCUGCA